GCAGUUAUCUAUGUAACUGUAUAGUAGAAUUAUUUCUCUAAUUGAUAGUGCGGCGUUGAUCACUAUAUUGAUGACGUCAUUACAUUAUUAAUAUUUUCUGUGUAGACUAGAGGACUGAGCUUUUGUUGCUUGUCACAACUUCUAGUGACGUAAAUUUAGUGUGUGUGUGAUUUGCGUCAUUUAUCGUCUAGUACAGUCUCUCCAUUGUUUUGUACGUUGGUACAGAUAGACGUGUUUUGAGAGCUCUGGAAUUUCUCCUUGGUUUUUGUUAUUGGAUAGCCUUAGCAUUUGCCUUGGACAUUUUCUUGUUGGAUUAUCUUGACCCCUGUUUAGGGGUUUUAGCGUCAAGACUAAGUUUUAGUCGUAGUCUCAGUUGAAGACUCUAUUUCAAGUAUUAGUGUCAAGUCUAUAUGUUAGACUCUGUGUCAAGUCUCAGUGUCAAGACUUGUUUAUUCAGUCUCAGUUCUAUAUUGAGAGUACAACUUUAGGGCUACAGUCUACAGGACUGAGGUCUUUCUCUCAGUUGGUCGUCUGGUGUGCACGUUGAUUUGUACAUGAGUCUGAGGUUCAAGAUUCCAGACUGCGGGUUGCAGUGGUCAGACCUGAUGGUGUAGUGUCAACUAUGAACUUCUACUUUUUGGAAUUGUCGUCAGUGGACAGUACCUGAUCUAGAGGCUAGAUCUACAUAUAUUACCAGUUGUUGUUUUUGAGAUUGAAGGACUAGGUGAUCCAUUGAACUACUUAUUAUAGUUAAGGUAAUAUACUAUGUGUUUCAUAAUUAUAUGAAUGUUCUGUAUCUAAGGAGACUAACUGGAUCAUUGUAGAUUACAUAAUUUUACAUAUUGAUAUUUCAUACUAUUAUUAUCAGUCAUCAUGAAUCAGUCAUUUGUAAAUAUAUCACAAGAAUAAAUUUUAUUGUUAUUUACAUCAUACACUUAGUUUAUUAGUUUAUCUACAACUAUAUGUGUAUGAUGUGCUUGUCAGGCUGAACUUGAGCCAAAAUAUUAUAAGUUCAGAAAAUAAUAACAAUAAUACAAAUUGAAAUAAUAUUUAAUAUUAAUAAAUAUUUGCAUUGGAAAUAUAUAAUAAUAAUUUGAUAAAUACAAGAAUACAAGAACCUGACAAGUAUUUUGGGGGCUCGUCUAAACUGUUAAAGGAGUUAUUUGAGGGAUUAUCUCAGUCAUAAUUUGUUAUAUUAUUGACAGUUGAAUAUUUGCUAAAUAAAUUUCUGUACUUGUAAGAGUAUAUUUUCAGAUUCUAGACACUUGUUUGUGUCACAUUACUAUUCAUAACGGUACUAUGUGAUUGUACCUUAUUACUCAGGAAAGGCAUCGUAUACAUUUUUUGUGUGAGACUUUAUUGGUGCCAGUGUAUCAUAUUGUUAUUGCUAACAUUGUAUCUUAUAUAUAAUAUUUUUUUUUAAAUUUAUACUAAUAAGAUAUAAUUUUGUUACAUGCUAAACUGAUUGGUGGACCUAAAUUGGAGCUGUGAUCUGUUUGUUGGGAUUCUCAAGUUGUCCUGGUGUAUCUGGCUGUACCUUGUCAUCAAUACUCUAUCUUCCUGGUGCUGAGGCAGAUUCUAUCUUCGCAGGAGAAAGCACAGCUAAGUGUAUUUUUUUUUGGUUGCUAAUAGUAUAUCUUGUGCUCUAAUUAGUUUUUCCGAUUUGACCUGUUAAACUUAUAUUGUUUGGAAAUUCUAAGGAUGGAGACUAGGUUUUCUAUAAAUUCACAAUUUAUAGCGGAUGGGCAGGCAUUGGGUUUUACAGGAGCUGACUUGCAGAACUAUGUGAAGGAACAAAGGGCGGAGGAGGAACGCAUAAAGAAGGAGGAGCAUGAACGAUGGAAAGAAAGGGAAGUAGUGGAAGCUAAAAAGAGGCAGGAAGAAUUGGAAUUGGCUAGACUUCAGGAGAAAAUUGUGGAGAAGGAGUUGCAGAAAGAAAGUAAAUCUGAAAACAAAGAAGGAGAACCUAAGAUCCAGGAUAAACAUAGACAUAUAAUUGAUAAGUUGGACAAGAGUUUUCAGAAUAUGAAGGAAGAUGAGGAUUUGAUUGGUUUCUUGACUCUAUUUGAGGCGGUGGCAACAAGAUGUUGUAUUGAUAAGAAAAGUUGGGCUAUGUUGUUAUCGUACAAAUUGACGUCGAAACUCAAGAAUUUUAUGCUGCAAGAUGAUCUGUUUAAGAAGGAAAAUUAUGAUGAAGUAAAGGUUAUGCUAAUGAGACAGGCUGAUAUAAAUGGAGAAACGUGUAGGAAGAAAUUUCACCAAAUUAGACCUAAAGAAAAUGAUUUCAGGGGAUAUGUAGCCGAUUUGAAAAGGGCACUAGACAAUUGGAUGAAGAUGGCGGAGGUAAAGGAGACCAUAGAAGGCAUGAAAAAUAUGAUUGUGACAGACAGAUUAUUAGAGAGUGUUUCAGGCGAAGUGUAUCGUCAACUUAUCUUAAAUAAAAGUGAUAAUGUAGAAGACAUGCUACAAGUAAUUGAAAGUUUUAAGACUGCAAGUUCAACAAAAUCAUUAUGUAAAGAGGAAAAUGUGUAUGUAAUGGGAGCUGCUGAAGCCACAAGUCAGAAUUAUGCUAGUGACAGGAAAGUCAUAACUUGUUUUAGGUGCGGAAAAGUAGGUCACAGGUCAACGGAAUGUUAUGUGGGUGGAGCCGGAGUGAAACCAAAGCAGGUGACAUAUAAUAAGGAUGGACCAAGACAUGUGUCAGGCACAAGGAAUGUGUCAUAUGGAACUUACAGGAGGCAGUUUGAUACUAGAGGAAGGAGAAUGGAUGGAGGGAAUUGGAGAGGAGCUUACAAUGAUGUGAACCAUGGUGGAGGAAAUAACAAAGGGAAUUAUUCAGGUUUUGAUUAUACUAAGGAGAAAAACACAGACAAGUCAAAGAAAGUGCAAAACACAGGUACGCAGAGAUGACUAAAUUGUUCACGUAAAAUUCAAAGUUGUUGUCAUUCUAAUCUGGCUGAUGAAAUAGAAUAUUUUACUCCAUGUAGAAAAGAAACUAUGUCUAUUGUUGAUCAGAAAUUGAGGAAAAAGUCUGUAGGGAAAUUACGUUUUGAAGAAGGAUUAUUAAAUAAUAAAAUAGUGUCUAUAUUGCGUGAUUCAGGAUCUAGUGUUAUUGGGGUAAGAAGUUCUUUAAUUGAAUGCAAAGACAAAAUUCCAGGUAGCUACAAAUUAAAAUUGAUUGAUGGUACUAUUAAGGAAUAUCCACUGGCAUGUGUUGACAUCAAUUCAGACUAUAUCACAGGGAAAUAUAUUGUAGCUUGUUUUGAAAAUCCAGUAGCUGAUCUAAUAAUAGGGAAUGUACAAGAUGAACAACAUAAUGAACAUAUUGGUGCUGCUGUUACAAGAGCAAUGAAACAAAAAGAGAAUGAGGCUGAUAUUAUGAAACAUUCAGAAGUUAUUCAAGAUUGUUAUAAGUUAUUUGGAUCAUGUGAAGAUUUCUUGAGAGAACAAGUGAGUGAUCCUACAUUACAAGAAUUAUGGAAUCGACAGAAGGAGAAGAGUGUGGAUAAUAAGACAAAUGGAAGUGUUCGAUUCAAGGUAUUCGAUAGAUUAUUGUAUCGUGUAUUCAAAGGUCAAUUAGGUCAGGAAGAGAAACAACUCGUGGUUCCAGUGUCAAAAAGGGAAGUAAUUUUGAAAACAGCACAUGAAAGUAUAUUUGCAGGUCAUUUGUCAGUUAGGAAAACAAAGUCAAGAAUAUACCAAUAUUUCUUUUGGCAAGGAGUUGAUAAAGAUGUUAAAGACUUUAUUAGGAGUUGUGAUAUUUGUCAACGGUGUAGAAUGCCACGAAGAUGUGACAGAGUUGAACUUGGAAAUAUGAAUAUAGUAACAACACCAUUUUACAAAGUGGCAAUAGAUAUUGUUGGUCCGUUGGAGGUUACCGAGAACAAGAACAGAUUUAUUUUAACACUUGUUGACAUUGCUACGAGAUGGCCAGAGGCAAUACCUUUAAGAAAUAUUACUACAGAAACUGUGAUUGAGACAUUAAACACAAUCUUCAGUA